AUGUCCCCCAUCCCAAAGCAAGCCGGCGACGGCAGCGGCUUCGCGGUCCCCAAGAUCCGCCUCGAGAUCCGCAACCUCUCAGACGCCGGGGCCUCCUCCUUCCUCCGCGCCGUCCACGCCACCGACCUCCUCAACUCCGCCACCCGCAACGUCCUCCGCUGGCUCUACGCGUCCCCCUCCUCCCCCACCACCACCGUGCCCCCCACGCGCUCCGUCACCCUCAUCCUCAGGGACAUGGACGGCGUCGCCUACACCACGGGCUCCGACCUCGACAACGACCAUAAAGAGGUCCACUUCUCCACCAGGUACAUCGCCGCCAUCGGCGCUGACCGGGUCGCCGACGAGAUCACGGGCGUGGUCACCCACGAGCUCGUCCACUGCUUCCAGUACAACGCCUUCGGGACCUGCCCGGGCGGGCUGAUCGAGGGCAUCGCCGACUGGGUGCGCCUGAACUGCGGGUUGAGCCCGCCGCACUGGAAGCGCGAGGCUGGUGGGAAGUGGGACGGCGGGUACCAGCACACGGCCUAUUUUCUCGAGUACCUCGAGAGCCGGUUCGGCGAGGGCACCGUCCGCCGCCUGAACGAGAAGCUGAGGAUCCAGAAGUACGACGAGGAGACCUUUUGGGUUGAGCUGCUGGGCCAUCACGUCACCAAGUUGUGGGAGGAGUACGGCGAGAAGCUCAAGGACGAGAAGACGGUCGUCGUGGGCAAGUAG